UCGAAACAGAACUCCCAAGGUGGACGGUUGAAAACAGUCAGUUGUAAACUCCGCAAUGCUGAUUUCCAUUCUCUCUUAGUGUCAGUCUUAUUCCUCCCGAACCCGAAAUUCAGUCCUUAAAUGAUAAAUAAUAUCCCAGUUGUUUCUGCAAAAGGGUGUUAGCUGCUAAACUUGGGGGAGUAGGAAAACAUGGCUACUUUCGAGCAAUUUUGGAGCAGAAAAACGUUACUAGGUCUUGGUUUGGGACAGUUUCUUUCUCUCCUCAUCACUUCCACUGGUUUCACCUCUUCUCUAUUGGCUAAAAAAGGAAUUAAUGCACCAACUUCUCAGUCGUUUCUAAACUAUGUGUUCUUGGCAAUUGUCUAUGGGAUUAUUGUUCUAUACAGAAGGGAAGCACUCAAGGCAAAAUGGUAUUAUUACAUACUUCUUGGAUUGGUUGAUGUUGAAGCAAAUUUUCUUGUUGUGAAGGCAUAUCAAUAUACAUCACUAACAAGUGUGAUGCUGCUUGACUGCUGGUCCAUCCCAUGUGUCAUGCUUUUUACAUGGAUUUUCUUAAAAACAAAAUAUGGAUUCAAAAAGGUCACUGGUGUAGUUGUUUGCAUUGCUGGCCUUGUCCUGGUUGUAUUUUCAGAUGUCCAUGCAGGCGACCGGGCAGGGGGAAGCAAUCCUAGUAUAGGGGACAUUCUUGUUAUUGCUGGUGCUACAUUGUAUGCUGUCAGUAACGUCAGCGAGGAGUUUCUAGUGAAAAAUGCUGAUAGAGUUGAGUUGAUGGCAAUGUUGGGACUCUUUGGUGGCAUUAUUAGUGCCAUUCAAAUAAGCAUACUUGAGCGCAAUGAGCUCAAAUCUAUUCACUGGUCAGCUGGGGCAGUUCUUCCUUUUGUUGGAUUUGCGGUGGCUAUGUUUAUGUUUUACUCUUUAGUCCCUGUCCUACUUAAGAUCAAUGGUUCCACUAUGUUAAAUCUGUCUCUAUUGACCUCUGACAUGUGGGCUGUCUUAAUUCGCAUUUUUGCUUACCAUGAGAAGGUUGAUUGGAUGUACUAUGUGGCCUUUGGUGCUGUUGUUGUUGGUCUCAUUAUCUACUCUGGUGGUGACGGAGAUGAGAAUCAAGACCCUCAUCAUGUUGCUGAAGAUGCUAGCCAAAGACAACAUGAUGAAGAAGCUACUUCAGGUAAAUCAUAAUAUAACAGCAGCCAGGCUGGAAGCUCAAAACACUAAGCACGCCUGAAGAGGUGCUUGAAAGGUAAAACCAUGACAGAGUCUCCUCCAAAGAUGAAGAUUUUACUUCCAUUCAAUUUGUGUAGAUGGAAUUUUGAGUGUUUUGGACGGUUUUUUGAAAGUUGGUACUAGAUUUUUAGUGAACAUAGUUUGCUAAAUAUGAUAUUUAAUUAUUUUUGAAGAAAAUCUAUAAGAAAGAUUUUCGGAGAUAAUAAGUAACAGCCGUUUAUUUUUUCGUAUGAAAUUUGGGAUGUUCGAUUAAAUUUGGUAGCCAUUGUCCUGUGAAAGUUUUGAAUGUAAUAUUUAUCUCCAUGAUUGGGAGUAGUUGUUAAUCCUAUUUGGUCCUCUCGAUGUCCAAUUUCUCACAAGCAAGAAAAUAUCUCUCAUAUAUAAAUUGGAACUGUUGAGCAGACAAUGUUAACACGGUUUCAACAACAACAAAAAAAAAAAGAU